AAUAUUAGUAUUUAUACGGUUACAUAAGGAAAGUUCGCCGGUCGCAGACGAAAAUUCAUAGGCUAUAGCGUACAGAGUUAGUAUUGUUUGUUCUCUGUUCUGUGACUUGAGGUAUGUGAUUUACACCCUACGUAUAUAUCUAAUAACACAGCAAUAUGUCUAACGAUGACGAUAGCAAAGUCAAAGCAUCGAUUUUAGGGAGGGAUUUGGGUUCAAUACCCUGUUUCCGAAGCUCAUUUUUAAAUGGAAUUGGUGGCGGAAUUGCUACUGGACUGACAUAUUUUUUGUUUACCAGUAAGGUAAAGCAAGCCUGCAAUACAGCUGUUCUUUCAUUUGCUGGGAUCACUUUAUCAUACUGGGUUUACUGCAGAUAUUCCUGGUCACAGAACAAAUUCAACGUGACCAUGCUCAAAACAGCCAUGAAAGAACAAGUUGCCAGAGAAGGAACUGACACUGAUCUUCAACUCAGCAGACCACAAGAUAAAAGUUGAUUCUGUAUCAUUAUUAGUAUUUGAUUUGAUAUGUAAUAAAUUGGAGAAAUUUC